AGUCAUCAGGGCCAAGUUCGUGGGGACACCAGAAGUCAACCAGACCACCUUAUACCAGCGUUAUGAGAUCAAGAUGACCAAGAUGUAUAAAGGGUUCCAAGCCUUAGGGGAUGCCGCUGACAUCCGGUUCGUCUACACCCCCGCCAUGGAGAGUGUCUGCGGAUACUUCCACAGGUCCCACAACCGCAGCGAGGAGUUUCUCAUUGCUGGUGAGGCACCGUCCCCGCGCCCUGUGCCACGCCAACCAGUCCCUGGGGCGCGGCCUAGCAACCACGAGGGGGCGAGGCUCUGAUGGGAAUGGUCCCACUGGAAAUGGGGACUACCCCAAUUUCAGCCUAUCAGAAGGCCGGGCUUUUGCCAGCCUGGCGGCUCAGCCAAUCACAAGCUGCUUGUCGGUUCCCCCUCCUUUCUCCUUAGGAAAACUGCAGGACGGACUCUUGCACAUCACCACCUGCAGUUUCGUGGCUCCCUGGAACAGCCUGAGCUUAGCUCAGCGCCGGGGCUUCACCAAGACCUACACUGUUGGCUGUGAGGAAUGCACAGUGAGUGCCUGGACCCCGACCUCCAACGGGAGAUCCUUCCCAGGGCCAUUCCCUAAAUCGUGGGCUUGUUUCUUGCUCCCUCUGGCUAUUCUGUGUCCCUGUGGCUGCUCCCCAACCCUAAGGGCUGUCCCUGAUCUCUCUUGCUAUUUCCCCAAGCCCGAGACUGCUCCCUUACAAAUUCUGGCUGCUCCCUUGCCCUGUGUCCAAUACCGUAUGAUCGCCUGUCCCUCCCUGGUCCCUCUAAUUCUCCCUUGUGACUAUUCUGUAACCCCACUCCCGGUUCCUGAGCCCCUGGGAUUGUUUCUUGGUUCCCCAGAAUGUUCUCCAAGAACCCAAAGUGCUGUUCCCUAAUCCCACUGACCCUUCCUUAGCACAUCUGCUUGUUGCCCUGCAGCUCUGACUAUUCCAGACACCAGAGGGUGUUACACUGACCUCCUGGCUAGUCCAAGCCUGUUCCCUGAUGGCUCCUGAUGGCCUCUGAGCCCAAUGACUAUCUUGGAGCCCCACUGGCUAUUCCUGUGCUUAAACUCCUUAGCUGCCAACCGGGUGGGGCCCCUUACUACUGCCAGUUUUUCCCUGUCCUUUGGGACAAUUCCACAGGCGACCUGCCUGACUGACCCCCAGGGCCUAUUCCCCAGCCACCAUUCCAGGACACUGAUUUACUGGCUUACUGUUACCUUGCAGGAACUAGUAACAUUUCCCUCAAUGGGAGGGGCUGUCCUGGGGUAUGUACUUAGGUGGGGUGAGAGCAAGUCUCCCCAGCGGCUCAGUGUUGAAAGCUGAGGAGAGGAAGUUCUGCUCCACGGGGGAGGCAGGGAGAAGCCCUCAGAGAUGUUUCCC